AUGCCGGACCUGCGUCGUCAAGUGUUGGAGAGUGGCAAAACCAUCUCUCGUAAAGCUGCUUCCCGCGAAGGCUCUCGACGAACUUCGCGCGCCAACUCUGCCCAGAAUUCUCGCCAGUCCUCUCAGAAUCAGAGCCGAUAUGGAUCGGACGAGGAAGAUCUUGACAGUCUCAGUGAUGAUACGGCCAUGAGCAUUGGCUCGUUGGACGAUCUAACCGACAACCCCGAUCUGGACAACCAUGAUUGGGUUGAGGAGCUUGGGGAUGUCAUCCAGGAUAUUCUGGACCGCAAGCGUAGUAGUAAUCUGAGUCGCGAAGAGGCCUAUGCUGCAUUUUGCCGACUGGCGAAGUAUCACUAUGUCGAGGAACAAAUUCGCGGUCGCGUUCUCGACUUGGUAGCGGCAUUCAACCGCAGUAUCAAGUUCGAGACUAGUGUGCGCGAAACGACGCUGGCGCUUCGUGCCGUUGAGCUCCUCGCCAUUUCAGCCUACGAUAACACGAUCUACGAGCAUGUCGAGCCCUUGCUGACUCGUACUGUACGAGAUUCAACCUCCAACACGGUCAAGGCAGCGGCGAUUCACUGUCUGGGCGUCUGCACCAUCCAUGCAGGCGCUAGCGAAGAUGGGAUCCUCGACCAAAUGACGUUCUUCUUGGAUAUCGCUGCCUCCGACGGGCAGUCGAUCGGUGCCGGGGACGACGCAGCCAGCGUUGUUGCUGCCCAGCAAGAAUGGGGCGUGCUCGCGACCUAUAUUGACGAUCUUGAAGGCGAAAGCGAGGACGCCGUGCAGAUCUUCAUGGACCAGCUGAACAGUGGUGAUUCGGCCGUCCAAAUAGCUGCCGGCGAGAACAUCGCGCUCUUGUACGAGAAGAGUUACACCCCACAGGAGGACGAUGAUGACGAGGAGGAUGAGGAUGAAGAAUCGGAAGAGGAAACAUUUUUGUCUGGAGGUCGCGGCAACGGCCCCAAGUUGAUCAAGCGCUACAACGCCUACCACAACACGCACGAGCUUGAACAGCAACUCCAGUCGCUGGCCAAAGUCCACAGCAAACGGAUCAGCAAGCGCGAUAAAAAGAGUCUACACAGCAACUUCGCCUCCAUCCUAACGACGGUGGAGAAUCCUCGUCGCGGACCCAUGUACAACACCGCUAUCGACCAAGACACCAACCGCCACUACGGCAGCAAGCUGACGGUCAAGAUCGGCCGACAGGGCGUGAUGAACAUCGAUCGCUGGUGGAAAUGGACGCGGCUGAGCUCGCUUCGACGCACCCUGCAGGGCGGCUUCGCAGCGCACUACUACCAAGGCAACCGCGCCGUGCUGGAAAGCCUUCCGGUGAUCAUGCGCAUGGACACGCCGUCGGACCGAGGGUACGCCAAGCGCACGGCCAAACAUCGGGAUAGUCGUCGAUGGGCGGUCCACGAGGCCUCGGACGAGGAUUAG